UGCGCGGCGGCUGCGCGGGGGGACACGGCGGGGAGGGACGGACCAGGAAUUAUUUUUAUUUCUUUGUUUCCCGGGGAAAAAAAAAAGAAAAAAAAAGGGUAAAAAAUCAAAAUAACCCCAAAAAAAAAAGCCCCGCGCUCGGGAACCCCCCGCGGGGGCGGAUGGUGCUGCCGUGAGCGGGGCGGGCCGGGCCGGGCCGGGCCGGCGGGAUGAAGCGGCGGAGCGCGGACUGCAGCAAACUGCGGCGGCCGCUCAAGCGGAACCGCAUCACCGAGGGCAUCUACGGCAGCACCUUCCUGUACCUGAAGUUCCUGGUGGUGUGGGCCCUGGUGCUGCUGGCAGAUUUUGUGCUGGAGUUCAGGUUUGAGUACCUGUGGCCAUUCUGGCUCUUCAUCAGGAGCGUUUACGAUUCCUUCCGAUACCAGGGCUUGGCCUUCUCAGUAUUUUUUGUGUGUGUAGCAUUCACCUCCAACAUCAUCUGUCUGCUCUUCAUCCCAAUCCAGUGGCUGUUCUUUGCUGCCAGCACCUAUGUGUGGGUACAGUAUGUGUGGCACACAGAAAGAGGUGUGUGCUUACCAACAGUAUCACUGUGGAUACUUUUUGUUUAUAUUGAAGCAGCCAUCAGAUUUAAAGAUUUAAAAAACUUCCAUGUGGACCUUUGUCGUCCAUUUGCAGCACACUGCAUUGGCUACCCUGUUGUGACUUUGGGCUUUGGCUUUAAAAGUUACGUCAGCUACAAGAUGCGUUUGAGGAAGCAGAAGGAGGUGCAGAAGGAGAACGAGUUCUACAUGCAGCUCCUGCAGCAGGCACUGCCCCCAGAGCAGCAGAUGCUGCAAAGGCAAGAGAGGGAGGCAGAGGAAGCAGCCAAAGGAUUAUCUGAUAUGGAUUCCUCAAUACUCCUGCAGCACAAUGGAGGAAUUCCAGCCAAUAAAAAAAUCUCUGCAACGUUGCCAGAGCUGGAAUAUCGAGAAAAAGGGAAAGAAAAGGACAAGGAUGCAAAGAAACACAACCUUGGAAUAAACAACAACAUUUUGCAACCUGUAGACUCUAAAAUUCAAGAAAUUGAAUAUAUGGAAAACCAUAUCAAUAGUAAAAGAUUAAAUAAUGAUCUUGUAGGAAGUACAGAAAACCUCUUGAAAGAGGACUCAUGCACUGCCUCGUCCAAAAAUUACAAAAAUGUCAGCGGGGUUGUGAACUCCUCACCCCGCAGCCACAGUGCAAGCAACGGGAGCAUCCCCUCCUCAUCCUCUAAAAAUGAGAAAAAACAGAAAUGUGCCAGCAAGAGCCCGAGCACACAUAAGGACUUAAUGGAAAACUGUAUUCCUAAUAACCAGCUAAGCAAACCAGAUGCACUGGUAAGGUUGGAGCAGGACAUCAAGAAGCUAAAGGCUGACCUGCAGGCCAGCAGGCAGGUGGAGCAGGAGCUGCGUGGGCAGGUGAGCUCGCUGAGCUCCGCCGAGCGCGGCGCGCGCGCCGAGAUGGGCCAGCUGCGCCAGGAGAACGAGCUGCUGCAGAACAAAUUGCACAACGCUGUACAGAUGAAACAAAAAGACAAACAGAUGAUCAGCCAGUUGGAGAAGAAGCUAAAGGCAGAGCAGGAGGCAAGAACCUUUGUAGAAAAACAAUUAAUGGAAGAAAAGAAAAGGAAGAAGUUGGAAGAAGCAACUGCUGCACGAGCUGUGGCCUUUGCUGCUGCUACCAGAGGGGAGUGCACCGAGACCUUACGGAAUCGCAUCCGCGAGCUGGAGACAGAGUGCAAGAAGCUAACCAUCGACAUCAAACUGAAAGAGGAUCAGAUCAGAGAGCUGGAAAUCAAAGUUCAGGAGCUGAGGAAGUACAAGGAGAACGAGAAGGACACCGAGGUGCUGAUGUCGGCGCUCUCGGCCAUGCAGGACAAGACCCAGCACCUGGAGAACAGCCUGAGUGCAGAGACCAGGAUCAAGCUGGACCUGUUCUCUGCCCUGGGAGAUGCAAAAAGGCAGCUGGAGAUUGCCCAAGGGCAGAUCCUGCAGAAGGAUCAGGAGAUCAAGGACCUCAAACAGAAGAUCGCAGAGGUGAUGGCAGUGAUGCCCAGCAUCACCUACACUGCAGCCACCAGCACCCUGAGCCCUGUGUCCCCACAUUAUUCUUCCAAAUUCGUGGAGCCCAGCCCCUCUGGACUCGACCCCAAUGCCUCUGUCUAUCAGCCCCUGAAGAAAUGAGUGAAUGCCAAGGUUCCCUGUGCCCCAGGGGCUGGAGGAGCCCCCAGGGCUCUCUUGCAGUCAAAAUGAAAUUGUUUCGUGUGGGACUGUGUUUGUUGUCAUUUCCAGCAGGAGAAAAGAGCAUUGGCUAGAACUGCCCAUCGGUUUUUCUUGUAAAUUUUUAGAAAACCUCACAGAACUUUGCGAUUUAUUUUCCUUGGCCAACGCAUUAAAAAGAAUUCUUGGUUUUCAAGUAGCCAAUUUUGCCUUUUUAUGUACUCUUGCAUGGUUUCCUCUUGAAAAAAACCACAGGGCUUUGCUUGGUUUUGAACCCUUUCGCCUCAGUUUUUAAUUUAAUGAUCAAAUUGGAUUUGCAGAUUCAUCCAGUGAGGAAAACCCUUCAGUUUUCCCAGUGAAAGGGUUAAACAACCCAACAAAGCUUUGAUUUAUAGAUGUAUUGAAUACAAACAUGUGGAUGUUGCAGAAGAUAAUUUGAUUUUCCCCCCUCAAAGGACCAAACAAAUUCCAGGGGCGUUGUUUAAGGGAAGGAAUAAAGAAUAGCUGAUGAUGUGAUGGUGGUUGUUGUGUGAAAUAUUUAUAUCCCCAUUGGUGUUUUUUAGUCAUGGAGAAUUGCUAAACAGUCUUGUUCACAGUGCCUUGGGAAAAGACAUUUCAAGAGGAAACUUGAUGGUUUAAACUAUUUUUUCCCCCCUUCACUGUCAUCCAGCUUCUGUAUCAAAGCUCAUUACAGAGCCUGCUGCAAGCUGCUCGUGGUAAUUUGGGUGUUGAUCAGGAACCAGGCUCCAUCCUCUGUUUAUUUUGGUCCAAACUCAGCAGUUGUUCUGUACUUGGUGGUUCUGCCCUGGGAGGCACCAGAUCCCUCCAGGAGAGUGAAGGUGGAGCUGUGCAAUGUUCUGUACACGAGACACUGUAAAGCUGCCUAAUAAAAGCUGCAGUUCUGGGGUUUUUUAUUUCA